GGCAGGCAUACGAGUCAGAGUUCGUUAGAGAAUAGGAAACCAAUGAUUCCCAUAUGUCCAGUAGUCUCCUUCACCUAUGUGCCCAGCCGGCUAGGUGAAGAUGCCAAAAUGGCCACCGGCAACUACUUUGGAUUUACCCAUGGUGCUGGGGCCCAGUACAGUCAACAGCCGGCCGCUGGGGUUGCAUACACCCACCCCACUACAGUGGCCAGCUAUACUGUACAUCAAGCACCUGUGGCAGCGCACACAGUGGCAGCAGCCUAUGCCCCUACAGCCGCCACGGUUGCUGUUGCAAGGCCUGCGCCAGUCGCUGUAGCGGCUGCGGCUAAUGCUGCAGCUUUUGGGGGAUAUCAACCAGCCCAUGCUGCCACGGAUUAUGGAUAUGCUCAGAGACAGCCAGAAGUACCCCCACCACCACCUCCAGUCACCUCACAAAACUACCAGGACUCUUAUUCGUAUGUGCGGUCCACCGCUCCUGCUGUAGCGUAUGACAGUAAACAAUAUUACCAACAACCUGCAGCUACUCCAGCUGUGGCUGCUGCAGCAGCCCAACCACAACCCACUGUUGCUGAAUCCUACUAUCAGACUGCACCUAAAACCGGAUACAGCCAAGGCGCCACUCCGUACACCCAGACCCAGCAAACGCGUCAGGUUACAGUCGUAAAGCCAGCCACCCCCAGCCCUGCCACCUCAACCUUCUCCAUUUACCCAGUGUCCUCUGCAGUACAGCCGGUCGCAGCUGCAGCGGCAGCCUCUGUAGUGCCCUCUUACUCUCAGAGUCCCACCUACAGCACCAAUGCAGUCACGUACUCCGGAACAUCAUACUCGGGCUAUGAAGCGGCAGUGUAUUCGGCUGCCUCCUCUUACUAUCAGCAGCAGCAACAGCAGCAAAAACAGGCAGCCGUUGCAGCAGCAGCCACUGCCGCAUGGACCGGCAGUACAUUUACCAAGAAAACUCCCUUCCAGAACAAAACUCUGAAACCUAAACAGCCCCCUAAACCACCGCAGAUACAUUAUUGUGAUGUUUGCAAGAUCAGUUGUGCUGGACCCCAGACCUAUAAAGAGCAUCUCGAGGGUCAGAAGCACAAAAAGAAGGAAGCUGCACUGAAGGUGUCACAGAGCAGCAGUAGCAGCAGUGGAGGCGGGAGCUCUGCCCGUGGGACACAAAAUCAGUUGCGCUGCGAGCUCUGCGAUGUCUCCUGUACUGGGGCUGAUGCCUACGCUGCGCACAUCAGAGGAGCCAAACACCAGAAGGUUGUAAAAUUGCAUACCAAGCUAGGAAAGCCGAUCCCAUCCACUGAGCCCAGUGUGGUUUCCCAAUCUUCCACCUCCAGUACUGCAGCUCCGAAUAAAACUUCCAGCUCCAACAUCAACAGCUCCACAAGCACAUCAUCAAAUGCUUCUUCCUCUGUUUCUGCCUCUUACUUAAAAUCUGGCAGUAUGGCUGCUUCUGCUGCACAGGGCAAGAGUUCAGGAGCCAACAGUGUCUCUGUCAACAGCUCCUCUAUCAAGAAGGUCAACACACCCAAGAUCAACUUCGUUGGUGGAAACAAGUUACAAACCACUGCUUCUAAAAGUGACGAAUCCAAAGCUGAUGCAGCUAAAACUGCACAGUCUGCUGCGUCUGCACCAGCAGCAGAUGCAAAGAAUGACAUGCCUGACCCCAUGUCACCUCAGUCAGCACUUGCAGCCCUGCAGAGUGACGUUCAGCCUGUCGGACAUGACUAUGUUGAAGAGGUUAGGAAUGAUGAAGGCAAGGUUAUCCGGUUCCACUGCAAACUGUGUGAAUGCAGUUUCAAUGAUCCCAAUGCCAAGGAAAUGCAUUUGAAAGGAAGGAGACACCGACUGCAGUACAAGAAAAAGGUUAACCCAGAUCUCCAGGUGGAAGUGAAACCAAGCAUCCGUGCCAGGAAAAUUCAAGAGGAAAAAAUGAGGAAGCAGAUGCAAAAGGAAGAAUACUGGAGAAGACGCGAAGAAGAGGAGCGCUGGAGGAUGGAGAUGAGGCGCUAUGAAGAAGAUAUGUAUUGGCGGCGCAUGGAGGAAGAACAGCACCACUGGGAGGACAGGCGAAGAAUGCCUGAUGGAGGGUAUCCACAAGGUCCCCCUGGACCUCCUGGCCUACUUGGUGUGAGGCCUGGGAUGCCCAUUCCACAACCACAAGGACCAGUGCCACCACGUCGUCCUGAUUCCUCAGACGAUCGGUAUGUGAUGACCAAACAUGCAGCUAUUUACCCCUCUGAGGAUGAGCUCCAGGCCAUCCAGAAGAUCGUAUCAAUCACCGAGCGAGCACUUAAGCUUGUGUCUGACAUCAUCACUGACCAAGAUGCUGGUGCAAGUGCAAAGGGCAAAGAAGAGGACAAGGAAAAGAAAGAGCCUCCCAAAGACAGGUUGCUGAAAGGAGUGAUGCGGGUAGGUGUUCUUGCUAAGGGGCUUCUUCUGCGAGGGGAUAAAGAGGUCAACCUGGUCCUCCUCUGUUCUGAGAAGCCAACCAAGAAUCUGCUCACACGCAUUGUGGAACAUCUCCCUAAACAACUCACGAUGGUAACGCCAGAGAAAUACGAGGUAAAGGGCUCCAUCCAAGAGUCUGCCAUUAUCCUUACCUCUUGUGGUGAUCCCAAGAUGCAGGUGACCAUCACCCUGACUUCACCCAUCAUUCGAGAGGAGAGCAGCCGGGACGGAGAUGUAACCUCGAGUAUGGUGAAAGACCCAGCGGACGUCUUGGACAGGCAAAAAUGCCUUGACGCUCUGGCUGCCCUACGCCACGCUAAGUGGUUCCAGGCUAGGGCUAAUGGACUCCAGUCAUGUGUGAUUGUCAUUCGAAUACUGCGUGACCUUUGUCAGAGAGUACCUACCUGGUCUGCAUUUCCUAGCUGGGCUAUGGAGCUACUGGUGGAGAAGGCCAUCAGCAGUGCCUCUGGACCAAUGAGCCCUGGAGAUGCUCUGCGAAGAGUCUUUGAAUGUAUUUCCUCAGGCAUCCUGCUAUCAGGUGCUCCAGGAUUGAUUGACCCCUGUGAGAAGAAUCCAACAGAUACACUAGCAUUCAUGGAAGAGCAACAGAGAGAGGACAUUACGUCAAGCGCUCAGUUUGCCUUGAGGCUGCUGGCAUUCCGGCAGAUUCACAAGGUUCUGGGUAUGGACCCAUUGCCCCAGAUGAACUCCCGCUUCAACGUACGGAAUACCCGCAAGAGGCGUCGUGACAAUAGUGAUGGGGCUGAUGGAUUUGAAGCUGAAGGCAAGAAGGACAAAAAGGACUACGAGGGGUUCUGAAGUACACUACAGUACAACUAGUCCUUUUUUUCCCUGCACCGUUUCCAAUCCUAUUCAUUCCAGGAAUACAUAACGCUAUUUCUGUUGACCUCUGUGCAUGCCGAUUACUAGUCUUUAGAAAUGUUUUUUUUAAAAGCUGGUAAAGACCUAAUGAUGGCCACUUGAGGAGAUGCCAGGCUUCAUUUCCUUAACACCCAGACUGUAGUCCAUCUCAAUUGUUUAGUCUGGUGUCUUGGCUUAAAGAUUUGAAAUGCGCACAAACCAGAGAAGUUAAGCCUAAUGUUCAUGCUCCAUUCAGCACAUCAGAUGUAAAAUUUUUCACCAUCUUCAGAUCUCUUAUGAAUCCAAGGCUAGGCAGUUUUAGAGCUGUGUACUUGCAUCAGUGUGAAACCGGUUCAUUCUUUAAAGUAUAUCUUAACCUUCCUGUCAUAUGUGUGAAGUAACUUUGACAAUUGCUUCCCUGGCUUUGCAGUAAUUUUAGUUGUGUUCAUAAUUUAUUUUGAUUGGAGACAUUCCUCUUAAAACCACAAGAUCAAAGAGUAAAUGAUCGAUUAAUGCGAGCUGUUAGUCCUGUUAUGAUGAAUGUGAUGCCAUUGACUGGACGUGGAUUUAUUUUAAGCAUGUACUUCCCAUUGCUCAUGCAUUCUAAAGGCCGGGUUGGCUUUUAAACCAUUUGUAAGUUUGUCAUUGGCAAAUUCAUAUCCUUGAAGUGUCUCUAGAACCUUGUUCCUUCUGUUUGCUUAAUGCGAGUGAUGUUAGGCUGUAAGUGUGCUCUGAUAUCCACAGGCCUCUGUUGUGUAGCUGUUGCGUUUCUCAGACCUGGGCCAAAUACCAGAACUAUUAAUCGAUUUUCUCAGUAAGUUUAAUUUCAAAUUGAGUUGUUACAGUCAUUUUGGAGCAGUUGUUCACAGGGAUUUCUAUAAAAAGUGAGCAUUGGAGGUGUUUUUAAAUAAAAUUUAAAAAACAUUGGUUUACUUUUCUUUAAACUGUAAUUGACCCAGGUCUGCCUGUGUUUUAUUUCUUUUUCUGUUCAUAAUAUUGUAAACCCUAAAUGUAUCUUUAAGUGUGAUCAUAUAACUAUAUGAUCUCUAAUAUAUGAUCAUUUAAUAAACCUGUAUCUAAUCUUCCAGUAGAUCUUCAAAAACAAAUGCUUGUAUGGUUUUAAAGCACAGGAAUGUUUUUUUUUUUCUUAUGUUCUGUUUUUAUGGGUUUUGUUUUACUGAUUGAUAGAUGCAUAGUUGCUUGCUCUUAAGUUUGGUUUCUGAUUCAAAGUUUGUUGAAUAUCUGUUAAAGAAGAGAAGGACAAAAGUGAAAAAUAUCUGUGUUGUAACUGCAGAUGUAUGUAGACUUACCCUUUGAUGCUUGUCAUUCACUGUCAAGGUACUACUGCAUUACAAUGCAUAUAAUAAAACAUUUCUGGAACAA